GCUCCAGCUCCGAUGCCGGUCCCAGCCUCGCCAAUGGCGUUCCCGCUGCCGCGGCCCACCCGGCCUGAGCUGCCGCAGCGGCAGGUGCGGACACUGGAGUGCGGGCAGGGAGCGGUGCGCGCCGUCCGCUUCAACGUGGACGGGAAUUACUGCCUGACCUGCGGCAGCGACAAGACUCUCAAGCUCUGGAACCCACACAAGGGCACAGCGCUUCGCUGCUACCAGGGCCACGGCUACGAGGUGCUGGACGCCGCCGGCUCUUUCGACAACAGCCACCUCUGCUCCUGCGGCGCCGACAAGACGGUGGCGCUGUGGGACGUGGCCACUGGGCAAGUGCUCCGCAAGUACCGGGGACACGCAGGGAAAGUGAACUGUGUUCAGUUCAACGAGGAGGCCACUAUCAUUGUGUCAGGCUCUAUUGACUCCACCGUCCGGUGCUGGGACUGCCGCUCACGCCGCCCCGACCCCGUCCAGGUGCUGGAUGAGGCCAAGGAUGGCGUCUCCAGUGUGAAGCUCUCCAACCAUGAGAUGCUUUCAGGCUCUGUGGAUGGCCACAUCCGGCGCUAUGACCUCCGUGCAGGGCAGCUCUACUGUGACUAUGUUGGGAGCCCCAUCACCAGCGUGUGCUUCAGCAAGGAUGGGCAGUGCACCCUUGCUGCCAGCCUUGACUCCACACUGCGCCUGCUGGACAAGGACACGGGCGAGCUGCUGGGCGAGUACAAGGGCCACCACAGCACGACAUACCGGCUGGACUGCGUGUUGAGUGAGCAGGACACCCAUGUGGGCUGUGCCUCUGAGGAUGGACAAGUCUACUUCUGGGACCUUGUGGAGGGCUCACUUGCUCGCAGCUUGCUGGUGGGCCGUGGCGUGGUGCAGUCUCUCUCUUUCCACCCCACCUUGCCCUGCCUGCUUGCUGCCACUGAGGGCCAGAUCCAGCUCUGGCGGGAGGACUCCUUCCAAGAGCAGGGGGAUACAGAGAUGUGAUGUGGGGAGUUGGGGGGUCACAGCCUGGGGGGGACCCCCUCUGUGCCCCCUAAGAUCCAGGAAUAAACCUGCUGUGCGGAGGAACUGUGGUGCUUUAUUGGGAGCAGCUCAAAUAAAUACAAGCACUGGAAGGGGACACAUACACACAUGGAUGGAUUGGAACCCCUGCAGAGGUAGUUGGGGCUCAGCCCCUCACAAAUGGGGGGUCCUCAACCCCCCC